AUCUAUGCAGCCUCAGCCACAACUUCCUCUCCAAAGACUGCAGCACUUUUCACCAGAGCAGUAGAUUCACGUUGGUUCAAAACCCACAGGUAAACCGCAAAACCCAACUCAAAGGAAGAAACUUUACAUUCAAAGAAGCAACUUUAGUUUCGGAAAAAUGAACCCAUUAUCUCAAUUUUUGUUGGCAAUUCUCUUUUUCCAUAGCUCAGAAUACAUUUUAGCUGUUGCCACUCAUAGGAUAUCAAAUGUUAGACUCAGUUCACUUCUUGUCAGCAAAGAAUAUGUUUUAGCCAUGAUCUUUUCAUUGGUUGAAUACUUUUUUGAAGACCUUUUAUUCCCUGGAUUAAAAGAAUAUUUGUGGGUUAGUAAUCUGGGGCUUGCAAUGGUUUUUAUAGGAGAAACUGUAAGAAAAUUGGCUAUUGUAACCGCAGGUCGGUCUUUUACACAUUUGAUUAAGGUUCGUCAUGAGGAUCAUCAUAGGUUGGUUACUAAUGGAGUUUAUGGAUUCGUUCGUCAUCCCAGUUAUUGUGGUUUCCUGAUUUGGUCAAUCGGUACUCAGAUAAUGCUGUGUAAUCCCAUAUCAACUAUUGGUUUUGCGGUUGUCGUUUGGCAGUUUUUUGCAAAGCGCAUUCCUUAUGAGGAGUAUUUUUUGAGGCAGUUUUUUGGGGCUGAUUAUGAGGAGUAUGCUCAAAGAGUUCCUUCUGGGGUUCCAUUUGUGAAGUGAAAGCUUAUGGAUUAUGUCUUUAGUGCUGACUUUGAUUCACAUAAGCUUUUUUAGUGUGAUUUGUGGGUGAGUAAUUUGGGGCUUGGAAUCAUUGCAAUACUAGUAGUUAUUAGAAAGUUGGCUAUUGUGACCACGGUUAGUCUUUUACACAUUUGAUUAAGGUAUGGUUUGCCAUGAGAGCAUUAUAAGUUGUUUACAAAUGGAGUUCAUGGAUUAGUUUGUCAUCUAGGUCAUUAAGGUUUCUUUGUUUGGUCAUUUGGUACUCAGAUAAUGCUAUUGUAAUCUGUGUAGAUGAUUGUUUUGCUCUUGUAGUUUGGUGUUUUGUUGGUUGUGUUAGUAGGGCUGUUGUUUGUUUGCUUAAGCUUUUUAAGUGAGGGAAAGGACAUUCUUUUGAACCUGAAAAGAUUGGUGGCCGGUAAGAACA